AUAGAAAACAUCGCAAGCUGUCAAAAAGUUGCUGUUCUACGUGUGUUUUGCGUACUAGAGAAAAACGAUAGAAUUGUUGUGAAAAAGGCAAAAAGUGUUUAUAAAAUUGGCAUAAAUCACAUCAAUAGUUCCCUUAAGCACAGCUACAGAUGAAUACGUUCGGCUGUGAGUAGGAAUUAUUGGUAUUUGGGCAUAAAACAAAACUUGAUCCAUUCCUUCCUUCAAAAUUAACUACAGGGUGCUUCAAAUAUUUAUUGACAUUUUUGAGCAUCGGCCAAAAGUUCUUGCUUCUAUUAUCGCAAAAUAUGAGUUCAAUUGGAGCUAUCUGUACAUAUAUGUGGUGUAUUUGUCUAACUGAUUCUCACCGGCAAAUAAACCUUUGAUGUUUUACCCUUCUCUGCAUUAAAAAGCCAAAAAAAAAGGAAAGAUCUCAGAGAGCAUCCUGCAAAAGCAAAUCACAAAGCCUUUUAUCACUUUAUCAGAGCAUUAUUGUUUAUCACACACAUACACCUCACAAGUUCACCAGCCUGCAAAUUAAUUUAUUACUUUUGUUUACACUCAAAAAUCCAAAAAGUUGUUUUUGUGUAAAUAAAAACUGCAUUCUCUGCAAAACCUUUCCCUGCCAUACAAAUGGCUAAAAUGGUCGGGAAAGGUAAGAUACCUGCUGAAACGGAGGACCAACAGAGACUGAGAUUUCAAGUGGAAUUGGAGUUUGUACAGUGCCUAGCAAAUCCCAAUUAUUUGCACUUUCUAGCUCAGAGAGGCUACUUCAAGGAUCAAUCAUUCAUCAAUUACCUCAAAUACCUUCUCUAUUGGAAGGAGCCAGAAUAUGCGAGAUAUCUAAAGUAUCCAAUGUGUCUCUAUUUUCUGGAUUUGCUCCAGUAUGAGCAUUUCCGGCGGGAAAUAGUUAAUUUGCAGUGCUGUAAGUUUAUUGAUGACCAAGCCAUUUUGUUGUGGCAGCACUACACACGUCGAAGAACCAAACUCCUCAAUAUUGGGAAUGGGUCGGUGAAUCAGAGUGAUCAGGCUGCCAGUCAGAAUGGAGCUCCAAAUGGUAUGGGACAGAAAGUUACAUGAUCCCAUCAGCAUCAAUGAACAUUUUCACCGGCAACGAGACACUUCCAACGACGAAGGUAUCGUGCAAAUAUCUUUUAAAUUACAAUAAAUUAAGAGAUCUGUAUUAUUUGGUCACGCUAACGGAUUCCCCAUUCAUAUUGUCCACGCGAUACAAUGUUUAAAAAAAAAAUUUUGCGUACAUCGUAUUUACAUAGCGGAAAAUGGUGUGAAUAGUUAUUAAUACAUGACACAAUUUUCACGUAUUUAUAUGGUGCGAUAGAGUGAGAAAUAAUUGAAUAUAUACUCCUUUCUUCCAAAUGAGAGAGAAUGAACUUCUUUUUGUGACAGUUUUUCCACCUCGAUAGCAAAAAAAAAACAGAGAAGAAAUUUGUGGAGGGAUUGUCAAUUAAUUUCCAUGUCAUGAAACAAUCGUCAAGAAGUGCACAUUGAAAACCAAUUGAAAUAACCAAGUAAUAGUCCGUUAUCAGAGAAUGAAUAAAAUAAGCAGAAAGUAUGUUGUUGCUUUGUAAAUUAUACAUGCCAAUUAUUGAGAACUAAAACCAAUUCUAUUAAAUCGCUCAAUUGACUAUUGCCUCAAAAUCUCAUUGAGGAUUUGCUAUUAUAAUUUCUCAAUUAAAUUAAUACGUGAAAGCUUCUAAAGCUGUCUCUUUUUAUAAGCAAAAUAAAGGUAAAAUAAAAAAAACUUGGAAGAAUGGAACAUUCUGACCAUUAAACAGAUCGCACGUUUCACAAAAAAUGUAUUAAUUGAGCGAGAGAGCGGUGAAAAAAAAUUUGGUUGAACAUUGAAAUUCAAACUGCAUUGUAAUAAGAAUUUUUAGUUUUUUUUUUUUAUAAAUACGAUUUUCUCGGUGUAACACUUUGUAAAUGAAAUCAAUUUGAAUAUUAUAGAGUCGUACCAAAGGGGGUUUAUCGUAUUGGCAAAUGAAUGUCUUCAGCAGAAGACCACUGUAAAUAUUACCACAUUUUUAUAACAAAAAAAAAUACAUAAGUGAUCGAGAUGAAAGUUAUUCAUAGUUUUUAUACAUAAAUUAGAUAUAGUAAUUUUAAUUGCUAUGUUGCUAUUUAUUGCAAUUUAUUUGAAAUUAAAUAAUUUCAUCAGAAAUAAUAAAUAAACAAAUACUUCCAAAACUUGUUUAAGGACAUUUCUGUACUUAUUUUUUUUUUAGAUUAUUAUAAUACUAAUUUUAAGAUGAAAACCAUAAUAAAGGUAUAUUACACUGGAAA